UGCAAGUCAGUGUAUUUAUGAAGGUGAUCCCCAUCUUGAAAAUGAAAUGCUGAAUUACAUUUAACCCUGUCUUCAACUGUCAAGAGAAAUGCAUUCCUCUUUGUCAGCCAUUGCCCUCCAGAGAAAUUGUGUGUAUUGCAUUCAACACUCCUGCAUACCUCAGCUGGUGAUUCUUGCUGCCACAAGCCCAUAGCUGAUUACAUCACUUGCCAAAACCAUCAAGCAGUUUUUACUCAGAUAAUUAAUUAAGAAAACCCAGCCAGGAAACAGGAAAUGUUGACAUGUAAGUGAGUAAGGAAAUCAGGGCACAAUGGCAUUAUGUCUUCACUUGACCAAGUUUAGAGGGCAACAAAAAGGCUGGGAAAUGUCUUUCCUCCUAAUUCUACUGGCUGCCACGUUUACUGGAACUGUGAAUUGCGAAGACUAUAACUCUUUUAGCAAGGACCUUGAAGAUGGCUCGAGUGGGGAUGUUUUGGAGAAUAUUUUAAGUAAUGGUUCAGUGGAUCUGGAACGUAAAACCCCAAACGAAUACUUUGAAGAGAAUUUGAAAAGAAGCUCGGGCAGAUCUGACUCUGACGACAAUCUAACCCCUCCUCCGAAUGAGCUGCAUCUACUUUUCUCCAAUUCUAACAUCUACUUGGCAGUUGCCAUUCCUCUUGUGCUUCUACUAAUGCUAUUGGCAGUUGUGAUUGGAGUGAUGAUUAAACGUCGUAAAAGAAAUACUAUGACUUUAGCCUACAUGAAGGAUUUUGAUCAGCUGCAUGGUGUUGACACAGACACUGUGAAGACAGAAAGCCUUUUGUUUGAGGAUGACAUCCCCUCUGUUCUGGAACUGGACAUGGAAGAUCUGGAAAAAUGGAUGGAUACUCCAAAGAAACCUUCUGAAAGUGAUGGCUUGCCUUCUGUAAAAGAAGAAACAGAUUCCAAACUCAGUUUUCUGCAUACACCACAUAUUUAAUGUGUGAACUGCACUGCUGCUAUGGACUGACAUUCAGAGGAAAACCAACACUGUGAACCGGGAUGGAACGCAACGUUACACUCAAAGUAUUACAGGACAUCAAUCAUGCAGUUAUCCAUUGCAUAGGGAGGUCCGAUGUUUGAUCCAGUGAUAGGGUUUGCAAAACUUAGACAGCAUGGCCCCCUGCCCAGAAGGAUGAAAGAAAUCCUAAUGGAAUAAAAGGCAGAGAAGAUGCAGGGACCUGCUGUUAGCUGUGUGCUCCCACCCAAAGCAAUCCCAGAUGGAGAUGGGUGACUCCCACAGUAUAAACAUUCAAUCUGGGGAGUGUGGGUAUUUCAAACUCAGGACCCCAUAAAAGUAUACAUUAUUAAUAUAAGAGGGAGACUGUUUUAAUACUAAUAAAUACAUAAAUAAAACCCUUAUUUUCAUUGCACACCGGUGGUUGGUUCCUAUUUGUUCUGUCUGUUUGUUUGUUUCCCUUGAUACUAUAAUUCCAUUAAGAUUGAAAAAAAGCUAGACUGCAACCGUAAAUAGGUUUAGUUUACUAAUUUGAAAAACUGACUAAAAAGUAGCUUUAGUAUUGUUUAUGCUUAACACAGUGGUUUUGUUGCAUUGCAACAGUAAUUAAAAGUAAUUUAACGUAACUAAUUGUAAUUUGAAAAUUACUUAGUUAAUUUCUUUACUUGAUAUCAGUAAUGAGAACAGACAAAUAAAAUAAAUUAAAUGCAAUUCACAAUAAUUUUAUGUCACUUGUAGACAGUAAUUAUUUGGAAUUUCAAAUUAAAAGUAAACCAAAAACAAUAAUUAGCCCCUGUAUUUUUCUGAAUGCAUUCAUCCUUAAAUUGGAUACUUUACCUCUAAAUAAAAUGUUGCAGGUGUACUAGUUUUCAAUCUUGUUUACAGCAAGACACCCCCCUUCAUAUGUGCUUAAAUAAGCCAAUUACAAACCUGGCAGUCAUUGUCAGAACCAAUCAAUGAUACUGGGGGACGGGGAGAGUGAUCCAAUCCAUGCUGCUUUUGCACAUGCCAUCCCUCUCAGUCUCCCAGGGGCUCAGAAUUUAACCUAGCUUGCUAAUAUAUUUUAUAAAUUGUGGGUGACGUGUAAAAUGACUAACAAUUUAUAGAUCUUUUAAUAGCCAGCUAUGCAAGUUUUUAAAACAUACACCAACCCUUGUAUCCUGUGCGGUUUCUAAAACAAAUGAGAAAACCGUGCAAACUUUUAUGAAUCUAGUCCUAGCUGUAAAUGUGGUGAAUGUACCAAGAAUUGUGCUGAAUAUUUUCCUCCUCUUUUAAAUGGGUUAGCUCAUUGUGAGCCAUAAACCUUUUCCUAUGCAAGGCCUCCAGAUGUUCAGGGACUCAUUUCUUUUAUUGGAAAAUGUGCAAGAUAAAAAGAUUAACACAGCUUUUUGGGGAGGUACAUUAUAGGAAAAUGAAAACAUGUGUUCCUCAUUGUAAGCAAGCCAAAAUAGAAAAAGCGAAAUGGCAACCUGUUUUAUGUCGCACAAAACCGGUACGAGACAUCUAGUCUCCCGAUUGCUGUUACACAUUAUAUAAGAUCAGAGUGUUCAACAUUGCUGGGACAUUGCAAAAGACACUAAGAGGAUCAAUAACUAAUAUUUUGAGCUAGGUGAUUUUAGAUUGGCACAUAAUAAUAGUUUUAUAUUUAGAUGCUGAACAAAACUUGCACAUUCAACCCCAACAAACGACAUUAAGAGUCCUUUUAAUUCAUUAAGAGUCCUAGGGUCAUACUUACAAAGCAUUUAUUGGGGUCUUUAUUGAACUCCUAUUUUUUCUAAAAAGGAAAAUAAAGACAUUGACCCAAACAACUAAGUAAUAUAAUUCAAUGUCCCUUCAGUGGGUUAUUUGUUUCUCAGUUUUGUAACAUUAACAUGGAAUAUUUUAACUAAUGGUUGUAGGAAAUGUUUUGAAGCAUGUCUCCUUGUAUCUGUAUUAUGAAAUGUAUCAACCUUACAUAUCACUGACAUAUGACCUGUCAUUCACAUAUGACAUUUUCAAAACGGGAUAGGAGUGCCUGGUUAUUGCUGUUGUGCAGUAUUUCACUGUCAUCCAAUGCAAGCUUUUUUCUGAGAACUGACCUUUCUUACUAUUACUUGCUAUUUUACCCUCCCAAAGUGCUCACUGGCUACUGAACUCUGACCCAUAUAAUUCUUGUUUGACCAUGGGGUUUGAACAGUAUCACAACUGUAGCAUCUGGUUGCAAUUAUCUUGGAAUUUAUGGAAGUUUGGUGCAACUCAAUAAGGAGUAGAUUUUCAUUGGUCAGUAAGGGGCACGGUCCAAAUUAAACCAGAUUUAAUUGGGGCUUGACUUGACCCCCUGCUUUUAGUGUCAGUAAAGAGUGCUCCCAGAGAUGUAAAUUUGGGGUGAAACAUGGGCCCCUUAGUGUCUUGUUAAACUCCUUUAUUUGUAACUUAUCCCUUUUUGUUGAUAUCAAAUUUGUUUUCCACCUUGGCUGUUUUGUACAAUAUUUCUGUCCAGAUUACCAUUAUUCCCCAUUUACAUGAAGACAGAAGCAUUUCUAAUACUAGCCUUGGGCUUAUGUUCAAAUCUCAAACAUGCACAAAUAUGUUUAAUACAUGAAAAUAGCUGUUAUUUACUUCAUGCUAAUAUAGGACUUGGCUUUCGCCAAGAUAAAAUUUGAUAGUUGUGGUGGGGACCAACCAAGACAUAGCUUCGCUGUAAUAUAUGUGUGAGCCUUUAGCGCUUUUCCUUCGCCAGGUAACAUGAAUUUCCUAUUGACCCAGUGUUGAUGGCUCAAGUGUAAUGCUGGCUCCAGGGAUCAGCCUAUUUGCGGUCUCCCUGGCUCAUCGGCACACACAAUGGCGGCGAUGCUGGCUCCAGGGAUCACCCAAAGUGCAGCCUCCCUAGAGCCUCACCAUGGCAACUGUCUGGAAUGGGCUAGGUGGGGCACUUCACAGGGGUCAUCAGAUGGGCACAUCUUGUCUUCUGUGUUUCGUCGACAAGCCCACAAUACCCCAGGAAGGCUCAAGAGUGAUGUUGUCAUCACAGCACCACUCCCUUCUAUCCCCCACACAACCCAUCCCUGUUUACUUAUCUUAGCCAUCUAUUCCUAUUCAUUGGUGUUAACAUCCUUGAUCGCCUUUUUUUAGGUCCCCAAUCAGCCUCUUUUCUUCCUCAACCAGAACUAGUUGCUACAUCUCUCUGCCUCCGCGGAUAGAGCCUUCACUAUACACCGCAGCUUCUGUCCAUUGAAUCCAGUAUCCCAUAGUGAUAUUCUGAAUGCUGACAGCCUUAUUCAGCGUAUGCAGUUUUUAUGCAGUAUUCAGACUAUUACCAAAUUAGUAAAUGUGGGGAGGUCGUGUGACUGGAUAUGUCAUUAUUAUCUUGCAAUAUACAUCCCCAAAUAUGACCUUUACUGUUUGCAUAAAAAAAAAAAAAAAAAAAAAAAAAAAGUCUGACAUCCGUUUCUUGUGACAAUUUUUGCCUGUUGCUUCUCAUCAAUUCAUUGAUAUGUUGAGAUUUAUUAUUGAAAUGCAGCUGAAAUGUAUUAAAUAAUAACUCUGCCCCCCCACCUUUUUUUU